UUAAGAAAGUUGCUUUCACACAAUUAUCCACGAUGAACAAAGAACAGCACGCCGACAGAGCACUGUUUUCAAAAUACAAAUACAAAUCGCCAAAAUAGACAAAAGCGAGAGAGAAAGGGGACAGAAUGUUUCAUUGAGAGUACAAAUGGGUACAAUUCCGCUGCCCAAAUUUGAAUCCCAAACCAUUUAUUCCACUAUUUCCUUCAGCUUUUCCCACAUCUUUAAACCCAAAACCUCUGUUUUUUGCUAAGGGAUUUCUCGCAAUCAGUGCGAUGGAGGUUGGGAAGACGCUUGAGGAGGAAGCAGGGCCGUCGUCUGCCGGAAAAGUUGACGAGUUCCGGCGGGAAAAGGAGAGUGAGGAAUCAGAGGUUGAUGAUAAAGAUGGGUUCACUCCAGGGCCUCUGCUUUCACUCAAGGAACAGCUUGAGAAGGACAAGGAUGAUGAAAGCCUGAGAAGGUGGAAAGAAAAGUUGCUUGGCUGCUUAGAAAGUGAUCUGAGCGAACAAAGAGAACCUGAAGUCAAGUUUCAUUCCAUUGGAAUUAUCUCUGAUGAAUUUGGGGAAGUCGACACUCCAUUGCCCGUAAAUGAAAAUGAAAGUGGUCGUGUUCUUUUUACCCUUCAAGAGGGAUCUCGGUAUCAACUGAGGUUGACGUUUACAGUUACGCAUAACAUCGUCUCUGGCCUGUCCUACUCAAACAAAGUUUGGAGAGGAGGAUUGAUAGUAGAUCGAACUCAAGGAAUGUUAGGUACUUUUGCUCCUCAACGUGAACCAUAUGUCGAAACCUUGGAGGAGGAAAUCACUCCUUCUGGUGUACUUGCAAGGGGUAUUUAUUCUGCGAAUCUUAAGUUCGAAGAUGAUGACAAACGGUGUUACAUGGAACUUCCAUAUUCCUUUGAGAUAAAAAAAAGCAGUUAGCUCAGUGUUACAUGGAACUUCCAUAUUCCUUCGAGAUAAGAAAAAGCAGUUAGCUGAGCCAACAUCGAGUCGAUGUGUCUUUAUUGCCAUCUUGCUAGGACUAUUCUGCCUUUUAAGUCCAUUGCGUUUCCUCUCAUGAACUCUGAUAAUCUCUCUUACUUGAUCCACAGUUGAAAUGUGUAAUUGGUUUAUGGUUUUCCAUAUUUAUUUUGUCACCAACUCCAAAAACCUCUCCGAAACCAAAUUUUGAAACUUGAAAGCUAUGGAAUUGUUUUGACGAUGGAAAUGUAAAACUUUUAUAGCCAGCUA